AUGUACAAGGGUGUUCGCAUUAGCAAACCACCUCCUUUAUCAUUGAUGCCAAAAAUAAUCUUCAUUGAAGAAAUGCCGCGUUUUAUGCACAAACAGAUUGAGUGGAUUGUAAAUGUUAAGGAUGAUGGUAGUUGUGGUUUUUGGGUCAUAUCCAACUUGCUCGGUAAAGGAGAGAAGAAUAACUUUCUUGUCUGCAAAACUCUUUUGAAAGAGUUGAUGUUGCAUAGGGAAUUCUACACAAUGUUAUACAAGAAAAAAGAAAAUUUUGAUACAUUUCAAGAUGAUCUUAAUCCUUGUGUUUGCGGUCCCGCACUAUUUUCAAAAUGGAUGUGCUUCCCUGAAAUUGGAUAUCUUAUAGCAAGUGCAUAUGACAGGAUGUGUAUCGAUCUAAUAAGAUAUACUUUCAUGGGUGUGUCAUCUCAUGUUGCCCAAGAAUGUAUUCAUAGAUAUAUCAUUGUAUCAUAUAAAGGUUAA